GCAAGGAAAGGAGAGAGAGAGGAAUAGUUUCAGAUUUUGGAAAGGAGAAGGAAAGAAAGCAAUAUUUGAGAAAGCUGCAAACACUUUUGCUUGAAGUUGUUGGUGGUUUUUGUGUGUGUUUGUGUGUGCUCUUUGCCUGCUUUUUGUUGUUUAUUUUUGCAAGAGGAUUUGCUCAAAGAAACCACAAAGAAUGAAAAAUGCUAGACAGAAUGACCGGUCCAGCUGCGGAUUAAAAAUGAGCAACAGUUCAUAAACAAAAGGCGCUGGUUCCCAUCCAAGCAGACGCCGGACUGAAUCCAUCAUGGCUUUUAAGACCUCACAGUGAAACAGCUGCCGAUCUGAAGACAGAAUCGUCUUUUCUUGGAAAAGGAAUUGCUUUCUUGACUCAUCUUGAAGUCUAUGCAAUGCAGAGGGAGACUAUAGAAAUGUUAUUUUAUUCCCCGGGAACUGAAUGAGGAAAAGGCAAGAGAAGGCACUUUUUAAAAUGUGCAGCGGCAUCACACUUGGGCUUAAUAUAGAAUUCCUUCAAAAGACAACUUUGGAGCGGAAACGGAGGAAGCCGUGCCCCUUGCAGCUUCCUCUGUGCCCUACGGCUGGAAUUGGCACUGCUUCAUAAGAGAAAUUUGACAAGGGUUUCCAGGAAGAUUGUGGUCUAAUGGACUCAAACAUAGAUGCACACAGCUUUCUAUGGCACUUGCAAACUUUUGUGGAGCAGAGUGCCAUGAAAUCCAAAAGCUGUUGUGAUCCUUUUAAAAGAUUUUGCAGAAUGCUGUGGCACUUGGAAGCUUGGAUCGCCUGAAGCAAAUUGGAUAGAAAACAUUGCUAAACACAUUCUUUUUUUCAUUCCUUUUUGGAAACAGCAUGGCAUUCUUCCAAAUAGUGUUCCUAAGCAUUUCCUCUUGGGAUGCAGGUUGAGGGGGACAAUGCUUGGAAGGAGAAGAGCUGAAACAUCUCUGGAAGAUAUUCUAAAGUGGGCUGCUCCAUGCCUUCCCUUUGGUGAUGCUGCUCAGUUUGAAUGCCAGCCCAGGAGAUGCCAGCUCAGUGAAUCCAUGCUGCUAUUUCCCAUGCCAACACAAAGGCAUAUGUGUCCGCGUUGGCACAGCUGGCUACGAAUGUGACUGUACCCGAACCGGUUACUACGGCACCAACUGCAGCGUGCCGGAAUUCUGGAUGCGUAUCCGUGAAGCCAUGAGGCCUUCGCCAACUUUCUACCACUUCAUCUUGACCCGUUUCAAGUGGUUCUGGGACAUCAUCAACAACACCUUCAUCCGGGACACGCUGAUGAGGCUGGUGUUGACACUCCGAGCCAACCUCAUUCCCAGUCCGCCCACCUACAAUUCUGACUACGGGUACAUCAGCUGGGAGGCCUAUGCCAACGUCAGUUAUUUCACUCGUAUCCUCCCGCCGGUGCCCACCGACUGCCCCACGCCCAUGGGAACCAAAGGGCCGUUGCAGCUGCCGGACUCACGACUGGUUGCAGAGCAUUUCUUUCUGCGCAGGACCUUCCAUCCAGAUCCUCAGGGGACGAACUUGAUGUUUGCCUUCUUUGCCCAGCAUUUCACACACCAGUUCUUCAAGACUUCUGGCAAGAUGGGGCAUGGCUUCACCAGGGCUCUGGGUCAUGGGGUGGAUCUUGGACACAUCUAUGGGGACAACCUGGAACGCCAACACAAACUCAGACUCUUCCGGGAUGGGAAGCUGAAGUACCAGAUCUUGAACGGGGAGAUAUAUCCCCCAACCGUGAUGGAGGCUCCAGUCCACAUGAUCUACCCCAAGCAUGUGCUGCCCGGGGACCAACUGGCGGUGGGUCAGGAGGUGUUUGGGCUUCUCCCGGGCCUCAUGAUGUAUGCCACCCUCUGGUUACGGGAGCACAACCGGGUCUGUGACCUGCUGAAGCAAGAACACCCCACCUGGGACGAUGAGCAGCUCUUCCAGACCGCUCGACUCAUCCUCAUCGGUGAGACCAUCAAAAUUGUAAUUGAAGACUAUGUCCAGCACCUCAGCGGCUACUACCUGCAGCUGAAGUUUGACCCAGAACUUCUCUUUGGGGUCCAAUUCCAGUACCGGAACCGCAUUGCUGUGGAGUUCAAUCAGCUCUACCACUGGCACCCACUGAUGCCAGACUCCUUCAGAAUCCGGGACAAGGAGUACAACUACGAUCAGUUCAUCUACAACACCACCAUGUUGACAGACUAUGGCGUGGAGGCCCUGGUGGAGGCCUUCUCCAAACAACGAGCCGGGCAGAUUGGCGGAGUAGCAAAUAUCAAUGAAAACCUCCUGAAAGUGGCCAUUGGGGUGAUUGAAGAAUCGAGGCUGCUGCGUCUCCAGCCAUUCAAUGAAUACCGGAAGAGGUUCAACAUGAAACCUUACACUUCCUUCCAAGAACUGACAGGGGACGAAAAAACGGCAGCUGAGCUGGAGGAGCUGUAUGGAGACAUCGAUGCCUUGGAGUUUUACCCAGGUCUGCUAGUAGAGAAGGCUCAACCCAACUCCAUCUUUGGGGAAAGCAUGGUGGAAAUCGGAGCCCCCUUUUCUUUGAAGGGUCUUUUGGGGAAUCCCAUCUGUUCCCCUGAAUACUGGAAGCCUAGUACUUUUGGCGGGGCCACAGGCUUUGAGCUGGUGAACACGGCCUCACUCCAAAAACUCGUGUGCCUCAAUGUCAAGAAGUGCCCCUAUGUGGCUUUCCGGGUGCCUGAUGACAGUGGAGAGGAACCCAUGGAGGCAACUUCUGUAUCUUGGAAGAAGGAACAAUCCACUGAACUCUAGCCCCAGCCUUCAAGGGAGCAGGAGUGCGUCUCCUUGGCCUGGCCAUGAUCCAGUCAGCGAGUCUCUUCCUCUUGUGGAAGUAAGAGGACUCUUCCAAGGGACUGAAACUGGCAGAGCAAAAGAGAGAAAGGAAGAGAAACUAUACACAGCACAGAGCAGUGUCAUCCCUCCAAGACCUUCAGAAAGUGCCUCAGUUUUGGAUUACAACUCCCAGAAUCCCCCAGCCAGCAUGGAUCAUGUGAGUUAAGGUAUGAUGGGGAAGUGUUGACUUUUCUAAUAAAAGAGGAUGUUUUUAUUCUUUUGCUAAA